GGAUUUUCUUCUUCUUAUUGGGCCGCUAUUAGCUUGUAGGAAACAGACUGAAAGAAGAAGUCUAUUGAAAAAGCACUAUGGACUCUAGUUCUACAAAACCAACUACCAUCUUGAAUGCAUCCCCAAAAAUCCCAGCUUCUCCUAACAUUGGACAGCCAAUGAGCUCUUCAUAUGAGCAUCGCUGGUUAUCUAAUGACGAUAGAAAGCCUCAAUCAGCAUCUAGUCUCAGAAAAAGUCAAUUUUCAGAAGAGUCAAACUCUGCAGCUGCCAACGCAACUACCAAGGCCCAGAAGCCGAACGAAAAAGAAAAGACUAACAAGGAUCAAUCAAAGCAACACGGAAGGAGAGAGAGCAAAACUCAGCUUGAUACCAAUCCUAGUCGUAAAUCACAAAAAGAUAUGACCAAGGCCGAGAGACGCGCUCUUCAGGAACAGCAAAGAGCUGAAAAGCAAAGUAGACUUGCUUCAGGUAGUUCAAAGCCAGCGGGAAAGCAGGCAGAAGGAAGCCGUAGAAAGUCAGUAUCCGGAAAUUCU